AUGAAAAAACUUGAAAUUAAUAAUCAGUUCGUCACUUAAAAGAAGAUUUCGUAAGGGUCCUUUGGAAUAGUCUUUUUAGGAAUCGAUUAGAAAAAUGGAAACUAAGUAGCUAUAAAAGUUGAGAAACCAGAAAACGAACACUUACAUUCCCUUGACAAAGAAGUUGAAAUUUUAUCAAGAUUGACAAAUAUUAAAGGAGUGCCUUAAAUAUUGUAUUAUGGUUGGGAGGAUUCGUAUAAUGUUAUCGUAAUGGAAUUGUUGUAGAAAGAUUUGGCUUCCAUACUUAAAUAAAGGAAAAAGAUGUGUUUAAAAUCUAUUCUCUAACUCUCUAUAGAACUAGUUUAAAUAUUAGAAGAAAUUCACAAACAAGGAGUCUUACAUCGAGACUUGAAACCUGAAAAUGUUAUGUUGGAUGAUAAAAAUAAAGUUUAUCUGAUAGAUUUUGGAAUAAGUAAAAUUUAUAUUCGUAAAAAUGGAAUGUUAAUGUAUUAUCUUAACUUAUAAGUAAAAGACCUUUUAAAGAUAGAGUACCAUUCAUAGGUACUUCCAGAUAUGCUUCGAUAGCGGCACAUAAAGGGUUUGAGUUAGGAAGAAAGGAUGAUUUAGAGUCACUAUUAUAUGUUAUGUUGUAUUGUUUCAAAGGGUAUCAGCUUGAGAAUAGUAUUAGUUUAGUAAUUUACCUUGGCAAAACAUAAAGCAUGUACCAGAUGAUUAAAGGACUUAAAAAAUUGGAGAGAUAAAAGAGAAUAUUGUAGUGAAAGAGUUAUUCAAAGAUUUGCCAGCGGAAUUCAUUAAAAUUUAUGAGUAAAAUAUCAAAAUGAUUUAGAUAUUUGAAAAGAUUGACUUAUGCAUCAGAACCAGACUAUAACUCUAUUGUCAAAUUGAUAUAAUAGGCAGCGCAACAUGCUAAUAUUCUUAUGGAUAGUAAGUAUGAAUGGGAUAGUCAAUAGACUAAUUUAGACAAAAAUAUGAAUAGGUAUGGAAGUUUAUAAACUGAGGAACUGCCAUUAAAGCAAUUUGAAAAGUUUUCUUCUAAUUUAAAUAAUUUCAAUAACUUAGCUGCUUAGACUCCUUCAAAAUUUAAUCAAUUGCAUCCUCCCACAACAAAAUAGGAAUCCUAAUAAAAUAGCAAUAGUAUUUGUGGGAGUGGGCAUUAGAAUAUUAGUUUAUUUAAUUCUAUGGGAAUCAUUUAUUAGAGAUCUUUAGAAGAAAUAAGCGAGGAAAUGUAAGAUUCAAUUCCAGAUGAAUUGAAAAGUCACAAUUAAAUUUAUUUAUAAACUUUGCCUGAUAAAUUGAAAAAACCUAAAUUAUUCUUUAAGACUACUUAAUUUGAUGAAGAUGACGAAUAAGUCAAAGAAGAUAAUUUAUUGUUCGAAAAAUAUCGUAGUUUAAGUGCUUAACAAACCACUAUUUUCUAAAACCACAAAAGAUGA